UUCUCUCGCUUUCCUUUCGCUUUCCUGCGCCGCGGCCCCUCAGCGGUCCUGCUGUGUCUGAGCCUUACUCCUGUCACACCCCAAUCCGGGUAGAGACGACCCUGCACACCAGGAAAGGCUGCACCGCUGCACGCUCCUACCCAGCCCUGGCGGCUCCGGCGCUCUGAAAAGUUUCAUUGGUCGUGAGCCAUCCUGGUGAGCUGUCUCGGAAUCCUGUAGGCACCUCCAACGUCUAGACUCUUAACGGACUGUGUGCUUGCUGUUUGUUGCGUGAAUUCCCCAGCCCCCUGCUGGGGCACAGAGUGACAGAAAAAUAGUCCUUCCUGAAUUCUGGAACUUACCCCGCUCAGAGGAGACAUCACUAGAGCUUUACAAGGAAGACUAGAACUGCGUCUGGGAUGUCUCAGUGGUAUGAGCUGCAGCAGCUUGACUCCAAAUUUCUGGAGCAGGUUCACCAGCUUUAUGAUGAUAGUUUCCCCAUGGAAAUCAGGCAGUAUCUGGCACAGUGGCUAGAAAAACAAGACUGGGAGCAUGCUGCCAAUGAUGUUUCAUUUGCUACCACCCGUUUUCAUGACCUCCUAUCCCAGCUGGAUGAUCAGUACAGUCGAUUUUCUUUGGAGAAUAAUUUUUUACUGCAGCAUAAUAUAAGGAAAAGCAAGCGUAAUCUUCAGGAUAAUUUUCAGGAAGAUCCGGUACAGAUGUCCAUGAUCAUCUAUAGCUGUCUGAAGGAAGAAAGGAAGAUUUUGGAAAAUGCCCAGAGAUUCAAUCAGGCUCAGUCAGGGAAUAUUCCAAGCACUGUGAUGUUGGACAAACAGAAGGAACUUGAUAGCAAGGUCAGAAACGUGAAGGACAAAGUGAUGUGUAUAGAGCAUGAAAUCAAGACCCUAGAAGAUUUACAAGAUGAAUAUGACUUUAAAUGCAAAACCUUACAGAACAGAGAAAACGAAACCAAUGGAGUGGCAAAGGCUGACCAGAAACAAGAGCAGCUGUUACUCCAGAAGAUGUAUUUAAUGCUUGACAGUAAGAGAAAGGAAGUUGUCCACAAAAUACGAGAGUUGUUGAAUGUCACCGAACUUACCCAGAACGCCCUGAUUAACGAUGAACUGGUGGAGUGGAAGCGGAGGCAGCAGAGCGCCUGCAUCGGGGGGCCCCCGAACGCCUGCCUCGAUCAGCUGCAGAACUGGUUCACCAUCAUAGCAGAGAGUCUGCAGCAGGUUCGUCAGCAGCUCAAGAAGCUGGAGGAAUUGGAGCAGAAAUACACCUACGAACAUGACCCCAUCACAAAAAACAAGCAAGUGUUAUGGGACCGCACCUUCAGCCUUUUCCAGCAGCUCAUUCAGAGCUCAUUCGUGGUGGAAAGACAGCCUUGCAUGCCAACUCAUCCUCAGAGGCCACUGGUCUUGAAGACUGGAGUGCAGUUCACUGUGAAGCUGAGACUGUUGGUGAAAUUACAAGAGCUGAAUUAUAAUUUGAAAGUCAAAGUCUUAUUUGAUAAAGAUGUGAACGAGAAGAACACGGUAAAAGGAUUCAGAAAGUUCAACAUUUUGGGCACACAUACGAAAGUGAUGAACAUGGAGGAGUCCACCAAUGGAAGUCUGGCUGCUGAGUUUCGACACCUGCAACUGAAAGAACAGAAAAAUGCUGGCACCAGAACUAAUGAGGGCCCUCUCAUUGUUACUGAGGAGCUCCACUCCCUUAGCUUUGAAACUCAGUUGUGCCAGCCGGGCUUGGUCAUUGACCUCGAGACAACAUCUCUGCCCGUCGUGGUCAUCUCCAACGUAAGCCAGCUCCCAAGCGGCUGGGCGUCCAUCCUGUGGUACAACAUGCUGGUGGAGGAACCCAGGAACCUCUCCUUUUUCCUGAACCCGCCAUGCGCACGAUGGGCUCAGCUCUCCGAAGUGCUGAGCUGGCAGUUUUCUUCUGUCACCAAGAGAGGUCUCAAUGUGGACCAGCUGAACAUGUUGGGAGAGAAGCUUCUUGGUCCCAGUGCCGGUCCCGAUGGUCUUAUUCCAUGGACGAGGUUCUGUAAGGAAAAUAUAAAUGAUAAAAAUUUUCCCUUCUGGCUUUGGAUUGAAAGCAUCCUAGAACUUAUUAAAAAACACCUGCUGUCUCUCUGGAAUGAUGGGUGCAUUGUGGGCUUCAUCAGCAAGGAGCGAGAGCGUGCGCUGCUCAAGGACCAGCAGCCGGGGACGUUCCUGCUACGGUUCAGCGAGAGCUGCCGGGAAGGGGCCAUCACGUUCACAUGGGUGGAGCGGUCCCAGAAUGGAGGCGAACCUUACUUCCAUGCGGUUGAACCCUACACAAAGAAAGAACUUUCUGCCGUGACUUUUCCUGAUAUCAUUCGCAAUUACAAAGUCAUGGCUGCUGAGAACAUUCCAGAGAAUCCCCUGAAAUAUCUGUAUCCAAAUAUUGACAAAGACCAUGCCUUUGGAAAGUAUUACUCCAGGCCAAAGGAAGCACCGGAACCAAUGGAGCUUGACGGCGCUAAAGGAACUGGGUACAUCAAGACUGAGUUGAUUUCUGUGUCUGAAGUUCACCCUUCUAGACUUCAGACUACAGACCACCUGCUCCCCAUGUCUCCUGAGGAGUUUGACGAGGUGUCUCGGAUAGUGGGCUCUGUAGAAUUCGACACUAUGAUGAAUGCAGUAUAGAGCACGGAUCUUUCUCAUCUACUCUGGAGACAUUUUUCCUUCCCAUGUGUGAUUCCUUCCCGUUCCUCUGUUCCUUCACAUGCUGUACUCUAGGGAAAGGAAAGAAAGUCCAGCAUAUUUGCUACAACCUGUUGGUAGCAAGUGGAUUUUUCCCCCUAAUUCAGACACCUCUGUUACCCUGAAGGGCUUCCAUGCAUCUUAUUGAAGGUAAAAUUAAAAGGCCGUCCUGGCAGAGUGGGUUUUACAAAUGAAGCAUAUCCAGAUACACCCAAAGUGUCAGGACUAGAAUGGGAGUCCUUUGGGAAAGGUGAGAAAUUUAGCCACUUAGCGGAGGCUGUGCAUAAAGUCAGUACGUAACUGUUCAAGGCUGUGGGAGAGAUGCACAGCUCUUUAGGGAACUUUUUGCUAGAAGAAUGGUAAAUUCUGUUCUGGGAAAUUCCUAUGUGUUCCCUCUGCUCUAAAUAUGGCUGAAGUUUUCCAUUGCUUUACUCAUGAAAUAGUUCAAAGACAAAUUAUAUCAAUACUUUACCAAGGAUCUCCUCCAUCCACGUAGGGAAGAAAAGUUGUUAUUAUGUCUUCCACACUGGCCUUUAAGGCCAAAGACAAGUUCUCUCUCUGUAGAGAGAAUGAACUUUUUUCUGUUUAUUAUAACUUAAUGAAACUGGCUGUUGGUUUGUCGUGGCUGGAUCCUGGCUGAUAUCAAGAGAAGGAAAUGUUUUUUUCAAAUUCAUGAGUGAUGUCUCUUCUUAAAGCUUUUAUAGCCAAAGGUGACUGUACCCUCCUUUCAUCGCCAUCACUAGUAACUGAAAUUGUCUUAGUUCUAUCAAGGGAGCCAAACAAUUAACAGCUCUCUCAAGACAAAUUUCCUUAUUUUUUUUUUAAGUUGAAAUUAAUCAUAGGUGUAGAUAAAUUCAUGUUUCUUAAGUUAGUCCAUUUGUUUCUGUUGUUAUUAGCUCGAUAUUUAAUCUAUUAGCCAUAAAAUCGAGAAAGGAGUUGGAAAAAAAAAAAGUAGCUGACAACUUGACUCAUUAACCAGAGAUUAUAUGAGAAUGAAAUCAUUUCAUAGCUCGUGUUCUAUGUAAUGGCAUUGAGAAUGACAUGCUUCACUGAUAAACGUGUUCGUCUUAAUAAUUACAUUUGCAGAUGGUUCUCUUCUCUGCCCUGUGCUUUCUCUAGACCCUUUUUUGAAUGGAUGAUGUUUCCUUCCUCCCUUCAUUGGCUCUGACACAAAAAGUGGUAUAGGGAAUGGGUUUGGCAGGCUGGCAGGCUUCUUCCAGAUAACUUUCACUAGCUGUGUUGACAGGACUGUAUCUGUCUCUGCGUUAUCACUACAACUGUUACUGUGUAAAUGUAUUUUCCUUCAGUAGAGAUAAAGUUUUCUUGAAGUCCAUUUUUAAA